CGGAAAAUGUCUAUAAAUUUUAAUGUACUCUUUUUAUUAUUUUCGCUGCUGUUUUGUCCACUAAGUGCAUCUGGAAUCGACGAGAAUCAUUUUUCUCACCUAUUCAACGGUGUGCUGGCUAAUCUUAGUAACGCAAUUAAUAUCGGAGGUCAACAUGGCAGUCCGGGAUAUCAUGCAGGCCAAAUUACUUUGGAUAGAUAUCCUGUAGUUCAUAAUGUUGUGGCAAAUAAUCCUGCAGAUACACAUGCUUAUCAUGCUCAAAUAGGUGUAGCAAGAUAUCCUAUUGGUGUGGGACUAUAUCCUGCAGAUCCAAAUAAUGUGGUAACGUAUCGUGGACAUGUAAAUAAUGGAGCAAGAUAUCCUACAGGUGAAGAUGGUUUGGCAAGAUAUCCAACAGCCCAAAAUAAUGGAGCAAGACAUCCUAGAACUCAAAAUAAUGGGGCGAGAUACCCUACAGGUGAAGAUGGUAUAGCAAGAUAUCCAACAGCCCAAAAUAAUGGAGCAAGACAUCCUAGAACUCAAAAUAAUGGGGCGAGAUACCCUACAGGUGAAGAUGGUAUAGCAAGAUAUCCAACAGCCCAAAAUAAUGGAGCAAGACAUCCUACAGCUCGAAAUAAUGGGGCGAGAUAUCCUGCAGAUCCAAAUAAUGGGGAAAGAUACCCUACAGGUGAAGAUGGUAUAGCAAGAUAUCCAACAGCCCAAAAUAAUGGAGCAAGACAUCCUACAGCUCGAAAUAAUGGGGCGAGAUAUCCUGCAGAUCCAAACAAUGGGGAAAGAUACCCUACAGGUGAAGAUGGUUUGGCAAGGUAUCCAACAGCCCAAAAUAAUGGAGCAAGACAUCCUACAGCUCGAAAUAAUGGGAGGAGAUAUCCUGCAGAUCCAAAUAAUGGGGAAAGAUACCCUACAGGUGAAGAUGGUUUGGCAAGAUAUCCUACAGCCCAAAAUAAUGGAGCAAGACAUCCUACAGCUCGAAAUAAUGGGGCGAGAUAUCCUGCAGAUCCAAAUAAUGGGGAAAGAUACCCUACAGGUGAAGAUGGUUUGGCAAGAUAUCCUACAGCCCAAAAUAACGGAGCAAGACAUCCUACAUCUCGAAAUAAUGGGGCGAGAUAUCCUGCAGAUCCAAAUAAUGGGGAAAGAUACCCUACAGGUGAAGAUGGUUUGGCAAGAUAUCCUACAGCCCAAAAUAAUGGAGCAAGACAUCCUACAGCUCAAAAACAUGAGGCGAGAUACCCUACAGGUGAAGAUGGUAUAGCAAGAUAUCCAACAGCCCAAAAUAAUGGUGUAAGAUAUCAUACGUCUCAAAAUAAUUGGGCAAGAUAUCCUGCUAGUUCACAUGGUAUGGCAAAAAAUCCUUCAGCUCAAAAUAAUGGGGCACAUGGUAUGGAAAAAAAACCUUCAGCUCGGAGUCCUGCAGAUCAUAAUAAGGCUAGAAAUCCCCCAGUUUCACAAAGGAUGUUCAACAACUUCCCAGAGGAAAAUAGGAUGACUUCGAAACCCCAACAACCAAGAUGGACGACUACAAAACCCGCAGGAAAGAAAGGAAAGACAACUAAAACUGAAGGACAAAAAUGGAUGCCUAAAAAACCCCCAGCACGGAGUCCUGCAGAUCAUAAUGGUGUGGCUAGUAAUACCCUAAUCAUAGGGGGAGAUACUAUGACUUGGAAGCCCCAACAACCAGGAUGGAUGAAUACAAAACCCCCAGGACAAAAAGGGAAGACAACUAAACCUGAAGGACCGAAAUGGACGCCUAAAAAAACCACAGCACCAACACGGAGUACUGCAGAUCCUAAUCAUGUGGCUAGUACUUCCCUAAUCACAGGGGGAAAUAGUAUGACUUGGAAGCCCCAACAACCAGGAUGGAUGAAUACAAAACCCCCAGGACAAAAAGGGAAGACAACUAAACCUGAAGGACCGAAAUGGGCGCCUAAACAAACGACAGCACCAACACGGAGUACUGCAGAUCCUAAUCAUGUGGCUAGUACUUCCCUAAUCACAGGGGGAAAUAGUAUGACUUGGGAGCCCCAACAACCAGGAUGGAUGAAUACAAAACCCCCAGGACAAAAAGGGAAGACAACUAAAUCUGGAGGACCAAAAUGGACGCCUAAAAAAACCCCAGAACCAACACGGAGUACUGCAGAUCAUAAUGAUGUGGCUAGUACUCCCCUAGUUCCAGAUAGGAUGUUUAACAACUUCACCGUGGGAAAUAGUAUGACUACGAAACCCCAACAACCAAGAUGGACGACUACAAAACACCCAGGACAAAAAGGGAAGACAACUAAAUCUGGAGGACCAAAAUGGACGUCUAGAAAACCUCCAGGAUCAAUGGAAAAAAUGACGACAAGGAAACCCACACGACCAAUGACAAAAAUGACGACAAGGAAACCCCCAGGACAAAACAAUUUACCAGAUCAUUGUAGGGCUUACUGUUCACAAGCCAUCUUGCCAUUAACGGUACUUUUACAAAACGGGAAGAAGUCGCAUUCAUGCGAUCUAAAUAGAUUGAAUAAGCGCCGUAAUGAACUGAAGGAAUUGGAGAGUCGAAUGCAAGACCGUAUGAAGAGUGACCUACCCUUUGGUGAAAGUCUCCAGGAGUGUCGAAUUCUAGCUGAUUAUUCGAAAAAAAAGAUUCCUUCAAAGUUUCAGAAACUCGGUUCCAAGUACUAUUAUAUAGAAAAGUCUAAGCAACUUAAUUGGUUUGCCGCUCUUUAUAACUGCCGACAAAUGGGUGCACAUCUGGCAAGUCCCCAUAAUUUCAAAGAGUUCAAUCAUCUGCGUGAAGUGGCAAACAAACGCAGAUCUUAUUGGUUAGAUAUCAAUGACUUAGGCAAGGAGGGUGAAUAUGUAUCGGAAACCACCGGAAUGCCAUCGGACUUCCUACUAUUUCAACCUAAUGAACCAAGGAAUCUAAAUGAUAGCCAACAUUGCAUUCGUCUUGUGGACAGCGAGAUGGACGAUGAAGUUUGUUCAUCAAAGUUUUAUUUUAUUUGUGAAUUGUAUUAAUUUCUAAUUGGAAGGCAAAAAACAAUAUUUCAAAAAACUUGCUCAAUCAUAAAUAAAUGUAUAUCUUC